GUGGUUGCUAGGCUGUGGGGGGGGUGGUUGCUAGGCUGCGCGGGGCCUGGUGGCUGUGCUGCGCCUCUCUCUCUCUCUCUCUCUCUGAUACGGUUUGGGUGACAGUCAGACCGGAGUGUGUGAGUCUCGGAGACGGGCGGGUGACUCGCGGUCUCGUCUGUUUGCUGUGAAUCCGGCAUUGCAGCACAAGGAGCCGAGGCGUGAGGUUGGCUGCAAGCUUAAGAUAUUGGGAGAGGAUGUCGUAAAUAAAUAACAUCUCUUGAGUAUAGUUCUGAAGAAGAUGCCAACAGAGCAAAGUGAAGCCAAAGUAAAGACAAAGGCUCGAUUUGAGGAAGUUUUCAAAAACUAUUCUGCUCUAGCGGCUGAAAAAAAGAAAUCGAGAAAGAAAAGUGUACAAUUGCAAGAUAGCAUUGUUCUUGAAACCCUGAGGAAUAAACUCGGUCUUCAUAAAGAAAGUGAGAGCGAUGAAACAAUUUUAAAUAACACCUAUAAUCGUGAAGAGGAAAGUCCACGCUUCACAAAAAACAAGCUGAAGGAUAGAGUUUCUGUGGCAGAAAAGGUUAACAAUGAUGCACUCUAUAAGGAUACUGAAAACCCAGCAAAGGGUAAAAAGAAGAAAAAGAAAUCUGCAAUUGAGGAACAGUCAUUCAAUGAGGAGAAGUCAUACAAAAGUGCUACUCAGAUUUUGGAAGAACAACUGGAAGCAGUGAGCAUUGACCAAACCAAAUCCCAGGCUAGUACAAAAUCUGAGACAAGGCAACAAAAAUCUAAGAAAAAGAAAUCAAAAAAUGAGUUGGAACAUCAACACCACGUUGAGACAGUGUUGAAGAAUGACGAAGGAGAUGAUGCGGAUUCCUUAAUCCAAGCCUAUCAGAAGCAGAUAACUGAGAAUGAUGCAAAAGUGUAUAAAAAGGGAAAAAAGAAACUGGAGUCAGGCUCCUCAAAAAUCAUUUCAAUUGUUACAUCUCCAUUUUUAAACAAUGAGCUGAUGAAGGAAAAAAAGCAGAAACAGCACAUAUUAUUCGAAGAGGGUGAAACAAGUGCAAUGUCCCUUUCAGAGCUGCAGGGCAAUCAGGCUGAGAAUGAUCAGAAAAGGAAAAAGAUUCCACAGAGAAGGAAAUUAACAUCAGAGUCUAAACUAGAAGUGAUAAAUGAUGAAGAUAAGAAAACGAUCGAGGAAGAGGGAGUCCAGCAAAAAGCAAAAGGAAAGAAGGCCAAGAAGAAAAGUAACAGAGCUACAGCAGAAGAAAUUGAGGCAAAAGAGCCUAAAGAUGAAACAGCUACUCCUGACUUAGAUGCUGAACCUCAACAACAGAGACCGAAAUAUGAUGACAGUCUGAUCCUUGGUGUAUAUAUUCACAGAACAGAACGAUUGAAAACUGAUCUCCUGGUGUCGCAUCCUACAGUCAAAGUUCAUGUGGUUGAUGAAACCACUGGCCAGUAUAUUAGAAAAGAACACAGCAAUCGACAUGUUACUUCAUACUAUGAACAAGAAAGUGUGGAACACAUCCUUCCCAUCAUGACUCAGCCUUACGACUUUAAGAAAAACAAGUUGACUGUUCCAGAGUGGGAGGAACAGAUCAUCUUCAAUGAACGAUUUGGUUACUUCCUUCAGGAAACUGAGGAAAGUCCUAAAGUCAUUCUAUUCUUUGAGAUUCUUGAUUUUGUAAGUAUGGAUAAAGCUAGAAUUAACUAUGAAACUCAAAAUAGAGAAGGAGGUUGGCGCAGAGUAGCCUGGGCAUUCUUGAAGCUGGUAGGUGCAAAUGGCAUACUGAAUGUUGACGGAAAACUUCGCCUGCAAUUGUAUUAUCCAACAUCAAAGGUCAAGAAGCUGUCCAACUCCAUCGAAGUCUUUGAAUGGUGGAAUAAACUGCCUUGGAAAUAUUACCCUUCAACUUUGUACGUUACAGUGAAAGGCUUGAAGUUACCUGAAAAUAUUGCUCUUUCUGUGCGUUCUAUGCUGCCUGUUCAGCAGGAACGAGGCACUAUUUCAUACUCUGAUCUUCAGACUGUGAUGUCACAGAAAAUUUCUACAUCAGUUGCAGAUACCCAGAAGGCAGAGAUUUUGAAGUGGAACAAAUUGCCUGGACAGGUGUGUCGUAUACCUAACAAGUUUGAGCUGUCACUUCGAGGAGGACAGAUUGGAUGUUUCUGUAUCAUAUUUUCUCACAAUGGAAGAAGUUUGGCAGCAGCAUGUGCUAACAGGGAUGGCUAUCCCAUUGUAGUGUAUGAAAUUUCUUCAGGACAAGUGUUGGGAGAAUUUAAUGGGCACCUUAGUAUUGUGUACAGUCUGUGUUGGUCAAACGAUGAUAAUACCCUCCUUUCUGCAUCAUCUGAUGGCACUGUAAGGGUUUGGGAUAAAGAAAGCUAUCACAAUCCAGCUAAAAAAGUUCUUCCACACCCUUCAUUUAUCUAUACUGCAAAAUACCAUCCACUUGCUCAGUACCUAGUGGUUACAGGAGGUUAUGAUUUUGUCAUCCGUGUAUGGAAUAUUAAUACGAAAGAUGCACAUGGUCAACUACUUCAGGAAUUCAAUGGUCACAAGAGCUUUAUAAACACUCUGUGUUUUGAUGCCGAAGGGCAGCAUAUGUUCUCCGGAGACAAUUUAGGGCUGAUCAUUGUUUGGAAUACUUCUGUAAAGGAAGACACUGAAGAAAACCUACUUCAGCAAUGGAGCAUUGACAAGGAGAUUAAAGAGAAUGAACUAAAAGGGGUUUCUGUGAAUCACUUAGAGGUUCAUCCAAAUGGUAGACGUCUGCUAAUCCAUGCCAAGGACAGCACUCUGAGGGUGAUGGACCUGAGAGUACUGGCUACAAAAAAGUAUACAGGUGCUACAAAUUAUCACGAGCAGAUAUGUAGUACAUUCACACCUUGUGGGACAUUCCUCUUUGCAGGCAGUGAAGAUGGAAUAUGUUAUGUUUGGAAUUCGGAGACUGGUGACCAAGUGGCAAUGUAUACUGAACUUAAUUAUGCAUCACCAGUGCGAGAUGUAGCAUUUCACCCCCACGAAAACAUGGUGGCAUUUUGUGCCUUUGGACCAAGUCAGCCAAUACUUAUCUUUUUGUAUGAUCAGAAAGUUGCACAACAAGAUGUUCAAACCAUGAAAGGCAUCUGUCGAUUACGUACUACAGCUACCCCUGGAGGACCCAAGAUUUUUGGACGACAUGCUGAUGUUCUCAAUAUGUCAUAUUCAUCCUUUUCUUCAGCUGAUCAUUUUACCAGUAUAUCGAGGCAGUCCUUGAAAUUGCAAAAGGUCAGACAAAAGCUGGACUCCGUUUUGGAGUCUAUGGAGAACAUUUCAGAAGGGGAUUACUAUUUUGCCCAACCAGGUAUGGUUCCUUUCACGGUGUGGGAUAAGAAAAGGGAUUCCAAUUUCACUUCAAUGGACGGACAACACUUCAAUAUUUCCAGGUCAAGACUUUUUCUUCCUGCACCAUCAUUGCUGUCGCCACACUCCAAGCUGAGGCUCCCAACGACAGUGAGUGCUCAUGUGUUACCAAAGCAGUCGUUGACCUCACACACUGGAGUUUUCAAUCCAAUCAGGCAGAAUAUGGGCGGACCUCCAUCAGUCAGACUACAGACGACUUACUCAUAUCCUGCAACGCCAUUAUACAAGGUAGAGGUGGUUUCCAGUGCACCAGUACAAGAAACUGUCGUAGCUCUUUAUGACUACACAGCGCAUCGAUCAGAUGAGCUAACCCUUCAGCGCUAUGACAUUAUCCAAGUGCUCUACAAAGAUAAUGAGAACUGGUGGUUUGGUAGACUGGCCAAUGGACAGCAGGGCUAUUUUCCAGCGAAUUAUGUGGCUGAUGCAAGAAUUCCUGAAGAAGAGCUUACGAAUAACGAGGACCAUAACCCUGUGGUACCAAAUGGCAACGAUGAGGUAGAGGAGAGGUCGCCAACCCCAACCAAGAUGUCAGCAGUCAUCAGCAAGGCAGGGGAGCUGAAGCUCAUUGCUGAGUAUGACACAGAUACAGAAUCACCUGUGAAACCAUUAUCAAAGAAGAAGAAAGUAAGGCAGGCAAAUGCAGCAAUUUCUCAAUCCACUUCUUUAGUCACAAGUGAGGAAUCUGGAACAUCUGUAAAGAGCAUGAAGAAGAGAAAGAAGAAAACGGGUGAAGAAUCCAGUGUGAGAGGAGAGGUUAAUGCUGCUUUUGUGUUGGGGUAGAAAAGCUUUCAAAUAAAUCCAAUCAGAUCAAAUAGAUUUUUUGAGGGAUUGAUUUAUAAUGAUGUGGAAGAAUGGAAAAGAACAGUAUUAUUUUUUAUGAAGUAUUUUCACUUGUAGUAGCUUUUUACAGCCUAGAAAACAUUCACUGAUGUGAUACAAUUGGGCUCCUCAAGCAAAAAAAACUUAAUGAAGGAAUUACCUGUAAAAAUUCGCAAACAUCUAAUAAGAUGUCAAGUCUUAUAAACAAUAAACAAGUCUUCAGGAAAACCAUUCGGAUGUUAUGUGAGAUUCAUUAUUUAAUGACUUAAUUUGCCAAAGGCCUAAUUUGCAAUGGUCUUUUGUUCAGCUUUACCAUAGAUUGAGUUCACAUCAACUGAAGUAAAAGCAUCAACUAGGACAUGUAUAAUUUAUUUAAACAAUCAUUGUUACUCAGACAAUUAAUGUUUUACUUUCCUACGUUUUUAUCACCAGCAUUUUGAAGUUCUGUUUGAGGUUAAAAUAUAACUUCUGCUUAUAUUUAAUGAAACUUUCAAUGUUAUUUUCUAUUGCUGUAUUUGGCAAAAAUCUUUGGUUUUCUAUUUAUAUUCUAAGUUAAUGCAUUGCAUUAAAUUUAAAGCAGUAUAAUUUUAUUGAACCAUUUUUAUAUCAGUAAAAAUUGAAGGGAAAGUUAAUUGAAGGAAAUGUCAAAUGUCAAACCCAUUCCCGGCAAUCUUUAUCCUUUGUUAAAAUAUUUUAUAUAAGCUGAAAACCUUUCUAUGUCCAAUCAGUUAACCCUGUCUAAUUUAAAAAAUAUAACUUUUGAAAAUAUGUUUAACCUGUUUUUUGUAUUUUUCCAUAAAUGAAAAUUUACUUUUCUAAAGUAUUUCGUACAUAUUGGGAGGUAAAGGUUGUAACUAUCAUAAAUUGGAUUUUCAAUACUAGAAUUUUUAAUAUUGAUGCAGUUUUUGGAAAACUGAAUUUUUAAAAAUUAUUUUAGCCUUAAUCAUACAGCCAAAGCAAUGCUGUCACUUGCAAUACUGUUCAAAUUAUGUGGACAUUUAACAUUGUGGGUCAUUAAUUAUUUGAUAUGGAAAUUCUCCAACUCGUGGCUUUUAUAAUUAUUUUUCUGUAGAAAAUGAAUGUAAUUUUAAACAAUAAAUGUUAUUUUA